ACCUUGCUUCCUGUCUUUUAUUGCAUUUAUGGAACCUUUACUUGUUGCCCUUCAUGUCAUUCACCAUUUAUAACUCAUUUCUGUACUGUUGCUGUUCUGAUUGUAUCCCUACAUGAUAGCACUGUCUCUUUAUACUGUUCCUUAGCCAUGCACAUACACACCUUCUAAUUUUUUCUAUUUUUUGUGUGACUUUUUUAGAUCAUUAAAGCUCUUCCAAUGCAGUUAAAACAAUCUUAUGCACUCUCUGUCCUCUAAAUUGUUACUGUGCAUUGAAUAUAGUCUCUUUCAGUAACUGCCAGCUCUUUGCUCCCUUCCAUCUCUUAAAUUACUUGCCGAAGUCAUGUCUGCCUAUUCCCUGAGGUUUUUUUAUGAAGUCUGUUGGUUUUAUUCUGUUCCUCACACUCUACUUUCCUUAGAAUAGGCAGUGAGAAACUUUGUCCGGUCACCAGAGCAAUUCCUCAUUUCCAAAUCCUUGAUGUCCACUCUCCUAAGGAUCCUUUGGACAAAAGCUGGAAGUAGACUGCAGUAUGGUUAAAUGGUACUGGUAGCCCAUUUCCUCAUGGUGGUUCUCUUUCUAUCCCAAAGUUUUGCAGCGCCUUCACAUCACAUGGCAUGAACUAAAGUGGGCCUCUGUAGUCAGGUGGUGAAAGCAUGUGUGUUCUGUCAUAUCUAGUUUAUGUGUAUCUCUUAUGUCAUCAAAAUACAGCUAUUCUCAUUAUGUUCCUGGAUGUGAACUCAUCAUGGUACAGGAAGUACUGGUAGUUUAGUCAUGUGUUAGAUACAUUUCAGGUCAUGUGGUAAGAAAGAAAUCAAUGUUUUUUCAGUGUAUGCAUGAAAAUCUGUGUGGUCUGCCUUUGCCAGAAAGAUUCACUGUUGGAGUCUUUUCUUGGAAUACUGGUUUUGCGGUCACUGUUGCUAUUGUUUUCCAUAUGCAGAAUGUCUGUCCAGUUUCAGUGAGUUCUUCCCUUCUAGUCAAAGCUGAAAUGAAAAGCAUCCAUUCUUCUAAGUAGCUUCCUCCGACUUCUGAAACAUGAAGCUACUUUGAAUUGUAGAAGGUUGUUCACCACACAUACUGUAUUCCUAGCUGAUGGCUGCAUAAAGUCCCCCAUUUGUGCUUAGUUAUCAUCACAUCAUCUUUUGCUGGUGUGAUGGUAACUAAUCCAUGGUCGCUCAGGAAAGGGUUCAUUCAGCUCCUCUUUUCCAUGUGGUCUGGAAUAGCUCCCAAGAGAGCAACCUCAUGGUUUCUCUUUUCUUCUCAGCCUGCCAUUCCUCACUGCUUUCUUCAUUUUCAGAACUCAUUCCUGUUCUACAGUGCAGAACCACUUAGGUCUUAACUGUGGUUUCAGGUGAAGACUUCCCUCCUGGGGAAUGUUUUGUUGGGUUUUUUAUGUCUGCUUCUCUUUGUUACAGCUAUACUGCAGUCCCGUAAACUCUUCUCUCCAAACCUAUAGCAGUAUUUCUUUUAACUUUCUGUGAGCCUUAGCAUCUGUUCUUCAAAGCCUCCCUUACUGCACUGAAUUUGAACCCUAAAACUCUCUCUUCCCUUUUAUUAUUGCAUGAAAUCUCUCUCUUCCUGCCGUUAGCUUUUCAUGGAAUGCUGUCCUAUGUGUUUGUCUCCAGGAUUUAUCUUCUCUACUUAGUCAGAAAAUUCUGUUAUGCGUAUUUUUGACCUCUAGCUUUGAAUCCUUUACCCUUGCACCCACAGUUAAUCCUUAUACAUCCAUGGCCAGACCUAGCAGUCUGACCUAGCAGUGUCAUUGAUGAUCUCGUGAAUAGGUCUUGACAAAUUUCAAGGCAAUUGAAACUGGCAAAUUGUCUUUGCCAAUGGAUGCUUGUGGGCAGCCCAUCUCCCAGGCUGACAGGUGAGUAUGUCAGAUGGAUAUCUGUCAUGGUGGUACCAUGACAUUUGCGGGUUUGAGACUUUUGCAUCCCUUCUGUCCUGGUCAAUAUAGGAUACCACAAUAAUACCCUGCAUAAGCUUUUAAUGGAGUUCAGCUUCCUUGAACUCAGUGUCCACAGGCUAGCUAUCUCUACCUUCUAAUAUUUUUAAUGAUUAUCCAGGACUCUUUACAUGUAUCUUAUUAUUCCAUUAACCAUUAGUUUCAGGAGCACAGGGUUAUCUUGUGGUCCAGUAUUCCGGGGCAGCGGAAGAUAGGGAAUAGAAGAUGGAAAAAAUAUCAUUUACUUCUGUAAGUGUAUUAUUGAAGUGCUUGAAGUAUUUUAUGUUUCUCCUUGUAUUAGUGACACAUUGUGAGACAAAAUUGAUUUGCAUGUACUUUAUUAAGGACAAAAUAUAACAUGAAACUUAGAACCACAGAUUUUGCUCACAGAGGUGUUUAUGGUUUCUGAUGUCUCAUAAAAUUGUAUGAUGCUAAAUUUUUCCUUCUGUUACUUGUUUUGUUUUGUUUUGUUUUUUCCCAGAAGAAGUCAUUGUAGGUGUGGUGUCUUGGAAAUAUGGAAUCAAUCUCUAUGAUGGGAAGUCCUAAAAACCUCAAUGAAACUUUUCUACCAAAUGUUGCCAAUGGCAUCAAGGAUGCCAGUAAGAUCACAAUAGGCAUCAUUGGAAGCGGAGACUUUGCUAAGUCAUUGACGAUUAGACUUAUCAGGUGCGGGUACCACAUAGUUGUAGGAAGCAGAAACCCUAAACUUGCUGCUGAGUUCUUUCCCCAUGUGGUUGAUGUCACUCACCAUGAAGAUGCAGUAGCAAAAACAAACAUCAUUUUUGUAGCCAUACACAGAGAACAUUACGCCUCUUUGUGGGACCUCAAACAUUUACUUGCUGGUAAAAUUCUGAUUGAUGUCAGCAAUAAUACAAGAGUAGACCAAUAUCCGGACUCCAAUGCAGAGUAUUUGGCAUCACUUUUCCCAGAUUCCCUGAUUGUCAAAGGAUUCAAUGUUGUUUCAGCUUGGUCACUGCAGUUAGGACCAAAGGAUGCCAGCAGACAGGUCUAUAUAUGCAGUAACAAUGUUCAGGCUCGCCAUCAAGUUAUUGAGCUUGCCCGCCAGCUCAGUUUUAUUCCUAUUGAUUUGGGGGCAUUGUCAUCUUCAAGAGAGAUUGAAAACUUACCUCUGCGACUGUUCACACUGUGGAAGGGGCCUGUAGUGAUUGCCAUUAGCCUGGCAACAUUUUUCUUCGUCUAUUCCUUCAUCAGAGAUGUAAUCCAUCCAUAUGUGAAAAAUCAGCAGAGUGACUUUUACAAGAUCCCCAUUGAGAUUGUGAACAAGACUCUACCAAUUGUUGCUAUCACUCUGCUUUCUCUAGUGUAUUUACCAGGACUUAUUGCAGCUGCUUAUCAGCUUUACUAUGGUACUAAGUACAGGCGAUUUCCACCUUGGCUGGACAACUGGCUCCAGUGUCGAAAGCAGCUCGGACUGCUCAGUUUUUUCUUUGCAACAGUGCAUGUGGCAUACAGCCUCUGCUUACCUAUGCGGAGAUCGGAGCGAUACUUGUUCCUCAAUAUGGCAUACCAACAGGUUCAUGCAAAUGUUGAAAAUUCUUGGAAUGAGGAAGAAGUGUGGCGAAUUGAAAUGUAUAUCUCCUUUGGAAUAAUGAGUCUUGGAUUGCUUUCUUUGCUGGCAGUAACUUCCAUCCCUUCAGUAAACAGUGCCUUAAACUGGAGGGAGUUCAGUUUCAUUCAGUCUACACUUGGAUACGUCGCUCUGCUCAUAAGUACUUUCCACGUACUGAUUUAUGGAUGGAAAAGAGCUUUUGAAGAAGAAUAUUACAGAUUUUAUACACCACCAAAUUUUGUUCUUGCCCUUGUUCUGCCUUCCAUUGUAAUUCUAGGUAAGAUCAUUUUACUUUUGCCUUGUGUAAGUAGAAAACUGAGGAGAAUUCGAAGAGGAUGGGAGAAAAGCCAUGUUAUAGAAGAAGCAAGUGGAUCUGCUCCACAUCUCUCCCCAGAAAGGAUAACUGUGAUGUGAUGAUAAAUCAGUAUCUGUUAGCACUGUUGAAGAUGUUUGGGUUUGGAGGUUUUUUGUCAUAAACUUGUACUUGUAGGAGUUGAGUUAAAGUAUGAGUAAAGUCACUGUGGACUUGCUUGGUGUACCGUACAAGCUCUCAACCAAACUAUGAGAUAUCUAUAACUACAAGACUACUACUUCAGAUAGCUAUAAAAGUAUUUUUGUUUCAAGUUACAGAGGACAGAUUAUUAUGAAAUCAGAAUUUUUAAUGUUCCUUUGCACAGUUCUAUCACAACAGUAUUUUAUUACGACCAUGCUUUCCAGAUAUUUGACUUAGAGUAUAUGUGUCAGAGUGCUGUUUAUUAACACCACAUUUUCCGGGCAGUAUUUAUUUUAUUAAAACCACACUGCUGGGUUAGUGAGUUCAGGAUAUAGACUAAUAGAGUUAAUAAUUUAGGAAAUAAUCAGGUUUUGAAACAAGUUAAAUUAAUUUGUAAUGAUGUAUUGCACAUGUACUGUAUUAUCUAUUUGUGUGUAGUUUUACGCCAUUCCACGAUUUGAAUAUGCAAAACCAGUUUCAAUGAUGGUGUAAUUGUACAUCUUAUAAGCAAAUAGUAUUGUACUAACAGGGUUGGUUUUUCCAAAGUAUUACAUAGGAUUUUAGACCUUUGGCAUCUAUUUAUUUCUAUACAUCAUAUAAUGAAAAUUCAAAAUAGUGCUAUAUAUGAAUAGAAAGACUUGCUGAUAUGUGUGCAACCAAUUAAUUUUUUUAUUUUAGAAUUAUUUCAAAAAUCUGGAAAUAUUUUAAAAUGUUAAAAAAAAGCUGAGAAAUCUGCAACAGUAAAAAUCCAUUUUCACUGUGAAACUUCCAAUACGUUGGUACAACAGGGAAGCAUCACAAUAUUCAUGUUCUAUAUGUUUUUACACUGCAGUUUCAGUUAUUAUAUAUGAAUUUCCCAGAGUCUGUCUUAAAUUCUUAAUAUCUUUUUGUGCAAAUCCAAUCUUCUAUUUUUAUAUAAAAGCCUUACUUUUACAAGUGUCUCUGGGAUAUGCCUGAAUUUUUGAGAAACAAAUUAUUAUUCUUAUAUUUAAAACUGAAUUUAUCUCUAAAACUCAUCAUUUGCAUUUCCUGUGAGAUUCAAAAGAACAUUCGCAAUUACUUAUUACUACUGCUUUGUCAGGUUCUACUCUCCUCUAACAAAAUAGCCAAACUCAACUAAUACUUUCAGGCUGCUUCUGCUCAAUUAGCAAAACCUCUAUUUCAGUGAAUCAGAAUGUGGAUUUGGUCCUAAUUUUUUUUACUUGUAUGAAAUUAUAUUUUUCUUAUCUAUAUUUGCACUGUCUAGGAUCUCUGACUUUCUUAGCUGAACCUUCACUUAUUAUUUAUUACUUUGCAAGAAUUUGUCAUCAAUAUGAUACAUCAGAAAUAUACAGUACUUAAGCUUGAAUUUAUCCUUAAAAAUCACUAGUCCUGUAAAUCUCACUGUCUCUGUAAUGAAACCAACAGCUCCCCAGAACAGGAAUAAUCUAAAAUCAGCUUUGCCUCUAGUUACACCAACCUAAAUCUAAAGAGAUCAUGCUGUUCUGAAUUCAAAAAAUCUACAAGAAUUUUAUUUUCAUUGUAGUAUUCGUAUUCCCCAAACUUACACGUUGAGUCUGUGUGUAUUCUGGGAUUGCUGCAAAUCAAGAGACAAGUGACAGUUACAACUUCUAACUUAUUUUGCCCGUAUGUAAAUACACUCCAAUACAGAAAGCUGUAAAUUUCCUGAAAGGCUUGCAGAAUUAUAUGUAACUGAAUUUCCUGGCCUGUUUCCUAUUCCAUUAUUGCAAAGGGAAACCACAUAUAGCUUAAGCAUUUGUGCUUCAAUUUUUAAAUAAGAUUAAUUUAAAAAAUCUCAGAAUACACAAAGUCAUGGAGAAUUGUAGUGGGAUAAAUACUAUGCUACAUUCUACCCCAGUCCUGUGCCCAAAACCUGAUUAAAAUCACUAGAAUGGGGUGGUAUAACUAAGAGCAGAAUUUCAUACUACUGAAUAAAUUUAGGGCACAAACCAUUGCUGUUGACAAUCUGAUGACAUUUCAAAAUUAAACAUGCUGUUUUGUAGUAACUCUACACUUCUGUAGAAUAGGCAAUGAACAUUCUGUUCCCUACAAUUACCUAAUUCAUUUGAUGCAGUAGUGAUAAUGUUGCAGAACUAAGAUAUGGUAGUAAUUAAAAAUUCCUGUCAAAGUUGUUAUAUAUUGUACUGUAAUGCAACCACUGACAGUAUAUACAAAAAUGUAUUGGCCCUCUAGUCUAUGCAAAAAGUUACUUCAUCAUUAAAUUUCUUCAUGAGUGUUUAAACUGUUAAAUUUUGAACUGCCAAAGGUGUCUGAAAAGAAUAAUUAUGUGUUGCUCCUUUUUUCAAACUGUGUGUGUAGAAAAUUAAAAAUAUGUUUUGAUUUUAUAAGUUACUUGAAAGGUUGAAAUAUUGAAGUAUUAAUAAAUAGAUGAUAUUUUUAGAUCAAAUAUAUAAAGACAUUUCAUGAAAUAUUUGUGCUAUGGUAAGACAUAGUUUCCUGCUAGGCCAUCUAUUUAUUUCUAACUGGAAUAACAAGUUGAUUGUGAUUUAAUAUUUUGUAGCCUAUAAGGACCAAUUCACUCUAACAAGACACUGUUAAGUCUGAAAGUAAAAUGACACUCAUGCAUUUACUAUACAUCAUGUAUCAUAUCAUGCAUAUGUUUAGUCACAUAAGGAAUCUUUAUUAAUUUCUAUAGAAGACCUCACAUUAAGACUUCUCAUUGGAAAAAGACCUGAGGCUUAAAGUUUAGUUUUGAUUGCCUAAAUAUAAACAACUAAAUUUAUCUACAUGUCUUAGUUACUUAGGAGAAUAAAUACAUAUUUUGAGGAAUAGCCUGCUAUUUUUGUGUAGCUUUGUAUAAGUUACUUACUGCCUAAUGAAAAAUGAAUAAUGAAAUAAACUUAUUUUCAUUACAGUUCAGUAAAAAAAAGUGUUUAGUAUGUAAUACAGAACUAUACAUCAUCUUAGAAAAUUGAGAUCUUUAUAUAUUUAGCAAUAGGUUAUUUUUCCUAUGGAUAUUAAGGUAUUCUUUCUUAACAUUGUCUAAAAUACAGUUCUGUUACAGGUUCCAUACAUGUGUUUAAUUUUAUCUUGCAAUUCUAUUAACUGUGGCAACUAUAUACAAGUUAAUUAAGUACCCAUGUUCUUGAAUUAUUUAGACAUUAAUUAUUUUGUAAUUGUUUUGCAAGUUCUUUGCCCAUCUAUUUUGUGGUAAUGGUUACUGUGAAUUGCUGCCACAUUUAGCUUUUUGUUCCAACAUCGUGCAUUAUAUGAUGUACCAACAUGAGAAAGUACAUUUGUAUUUUUAUUUGGCAUUACUUACCUAUAAAAUAGUGUGUCUGUA